UUAGUUAAUCGAAGUUUCUCUAUCGUGUUGUGCGGUACGACAUUCGUGCUCCCGUUCCUUCUCCUCCCGAGAUCUGUCCGCGUGCUGCGUUGGUCGGUCGGUUGGAGAGCUCAGAUGGGAUGCUCGGCGUCGAGGGUGGAGAACGAGGACUGCGUGCGGCGCUGCAAGGAGCGGCGGCGCCUGAUGAAGGAGAUCGUCCACUCGCGCCACCACCUCGCCUCCGCGCACUCCGACUACCUCCGCUCGCUCCGCGUCACCGGCUCCGCCCUCACGCGUUUCUCCCGAGGGGAGCCCCUGGCCGUCUCCGAGCACUCCCCGCCCAUACUCCUCCGGGCCUCUUCCCCGUCACCCGCCUCCCUUCCCCCGCCCACCCCGCUCCCCCCUCCGACUCACUCUGCUCUUCCGCAGGUGCCGCAUCUCCGGCGCCGCCAGAUAAAAAGUCACUCUUCGCCGUCCCAUUCUCCCACUGUCGCCGCUUCUUCUGCCAACCCAUCCGUUGGUGGCCACCCCCAGUUCCCGCCGGUGAACUGGGCGUACGCCACUACCCCGUCCCAGUCCUCCUCCGCCUGGGAUUGGGAGAACUUCUACCCUCCUUCGCCCCCGGACUCCGAGUUCUACGAACGUAGACAGGCCGAACUCGAGGAGAAGAGUCGCAUGCAACACCAUCUACCCUUGGAGGAAGAAGUUGACGAAUCUGACGAGGAGCGAGAUGCGGGAGAAGAAGAAGGAUACGGAGAAAUAAAAGAAGAGGACCGCUGUCGUGAUUGGGGUGAACAUUACCGGAGCACCACCAUCUCCUCCACCAGAUCCGACAGCGAGCCUGAGCUAGAGGACGACGGAGACAACGAGAGGAAUACCUUUUCGCGAUCCGAGAACAUGCCCGCUGGAUCUGAGUACAGCGGAUUCGCCCCUGGUCAGGCGCCGCCGUCGGAGAUCGCCUCAUCUGCGGCAGCAGAGGUGAAGUCUCGGCUGCGGCCGAGCUUGGUAGUGGAAUCGUCGUUGGCCAGGUGGCAUGGAGGCGGGCGGGAGGAGUCAUCAUCCACCUCCGCUGCUGCUGAGUUGACAUUGGCUGUGCGCCACCACAAUCUGGCGGAAAUUGCAACGGCCCUCGAGGAGUACUUCGUCAAGGCCGCCGACGCUGGCAACGCCAUCUCAGAUCUCCUUGAGAUUGGCCGUGCCCAGUUCGACGGUAGCUUCCAGCAGCUGAAGAAGACGGUGUACCACUCGAACAGUGUACUGAGUACAUUAUCCUCGAGCUGGACGUCCAAGCCACCCUUAGCAAUUCGUUACAGCCUCGAUGCGUCUGCGUUGGAGGAGUCUGACCGAAGGAAGAGCCAUGGAUCAACUUUGGAGCGGCUUUUGGCUUGGGAGACGAAGCUCUAUAAGGAAGUGAAGGCUAGAGAAGGUGUGAAGAUUGAGCAUGAGAAGAAACUUUCAACACUGCAAAGCCUGGAAUAUGGAGGAAAGGCAGAUGCUAGACUGGACAAGACCAAAGCUUCAAUCAAGAAGUUACAGUCAUUAAUUUUAGUGACAUCUGAAGCUGUCACUACCACAUCAACUGCAAUAGCUAAAGUCCGUGAUGAAGAACUUGCUCCACAAUUUGUCCAGAUCUGUUAUGCGCUUUUGAACAUGUGGAGGAAAAUGAACCAAUGUCAUGAAACGCAGAACCAUAUUGUGCAACAAGUUCGAGGUCUGGUGAAUAGUGCUUCUAAUGCUGGAUUGACAUCCGACUUGCAUAGGCUCACAACUCGUGACCUUGAGGCUGCAGUCUCAGCAUGGCAUUCAAGCUUCAACCGGCUUGUGAAAUAUCAUCGUGGCUAUGUCCGCACCCUGUAUAGUUGGCUUAUGCUUACACUUCUUCAAGUCAGCAGUGACAACCCCCAGAAAGAUCAUUAUUCACCUAUUGCAAUUCAGCUCACAGCCAUCUGUGAUGAAUGGAAGCAAGCCCUAGAAAGGUUACCUGAUACUGUGCUCUCCGAGGCUGUCAAGAGUUUCAUGAAUGUCGUCCAUGUCAUCUACACAAAGCAGGAAGAAGAGCUGAAGAUUAAGAAACGGGCUGAAACAUACUCAAAAGAGCUUGAGAAGAAGUCCACAGCACUGAGAAGUAUUGAGAAAAAAUACUACCAGUCAUACUCGAUGGUUGGUCUUGCACUUCCCGGUGGGGGGCAUGACAACUAUGGACAAGCAUUUGAUACGCAUGACCCAUUGACUGAGAAGAAGUCAGAGAUUGCAGCAUGUCGAAGAAAGGUCGAAGAGGAGCUCACAAGGCAUGCAAAGGCAGUUGAGGUCACAAGAUCAUUGACGCUUAACAGUAUACAGACCGGCCUGCCGGGUGUGUUUCAGGCAUUGGCAGGGUUCUCCGGAAUGGCUGUUGAAGCUAUGGAAGGUGUUUGCCGUCGAGCGGGAUCUGUCUGAUAAAACUCCCUUUGUACCCUUUUUUGUCUAUUUUACUAUUUAUGUUGAUCGAGAAGAUAUAGUUACAAAUAGGAAGAAAAAUAUUUCUCCA